CGCGCGCCUCGCCCUCUCCACUCCCCACCUUUCAGAGCGGAGCGGCUUUCGUUAAGUGUAAGAAAACAAAAAGGCUUAAAACGAGGGGGGGGGAACUCAACAUGGACUUUAAAGCGCGGGAAUAAGCGUCCGGACUUCGGGGGAGCAAGUUAAAAAACAAUAGGUGAGAGCCUAAUUGAUCUGGUGCCUUUCACCUCCGUGAAGUCAACGCGGAUGUGUCGGUUGCUGUUUUGUAAUUCUCCGUUUAGAAAUAAUUCACCGGUGUAAAAUCUCCUUCCUCAAUGGGAAACGGUGAAAGUGUCGGAGCUGAAGUGAAGUACUUUUCAAUUUAAUUCAUCCAGCAGCGUUUGUUUUUUUAUUUUUUCUAUUUAAACUCCAACUUUCACAACUUCUUCUGUCCUGUUCACAGCGAACACAGAGAACACUACGUAUAAAUACAGACAUUUAAACUAAAUAUAACUUGUGUCUACAUGGACUUUUUAAACGUAAUCUGGCUCCGUAUGUCUCCAAACGCAAAGAAGAGCAUGUCAAUAAAUCUACUUUCCUCACAUGUCUCACUCUAAACCGCUAAAAUCUGCAAAACAACAUCUGCGAAACACAUCCAGCUCCACACAUCCAACACCUGGGCACAUCUGUCAGAGCUCUCUCCCUCGUGUUAGUGCAGUGAUCCAGGGACAUUCGGAGCCCUGGCUUCACCAGAGUGGACACGUCGUGCAUUGGACACGGCAAGUAGUUAAAACAGGACGGCUGCAGAAAACUACUUGAGGAAACUUUUUCAAAACUCCGGCCCGCCUUCAGCCGUGAUGAGUUCAGAAGACGACCCGUGCCACAGCAAGCUCCACGUCAACUCCACCGACACCCCGCUGAUCAGCGCCAGCAUGUUCGCCGCGGGCAUCUUCGGCAACGUCGCUGCGCUGGUGAUCCUGGAGAUCCGGCGACGCAGAGAAGCGAGGACCGAGGGCGCGUGGCGGCGCAAGCUGUUUCACAUCCUCAUCACGUCGCUGGUGGUCACGGACCUGAUGGGGACCUGCCUGAUCAGCCCGCUGGUGCAGGUGGCGUACUCUCGCAACAUUAGCAUGGUGGGGAUGUCGCCUACAGAUAAGAGCGUGUGUUCGUACUUUGGUGUCAGCAUGACCUUCUUCAGUCUGGCCACGCUGUCGCUCCUCUUCUCAAUGGCGUUAGAGAGAUGCGUUGCCAUUGGAUACCCCUACCUGUACAGCCAGCACGUCACCAAGAAAUGUGCCUACUUCACAAUCCCGUUGGUGUUCGUGUUAUGCAUGUCCUUCUGUCUGCUCCCUUUUGUGGGAUUUGGUAAAUAUGUACAAUACUGCCCCGGCACGUGGUGCUUCAUUGACAUGAACCCAAAGGAAAGAGACGACCAAGUCUACUCCAACCUGUACGCCACGAUCAUGCUGGUGCUGGUGCUGGCCAUUGUGGCUUGCAACGGUUUUGUGGUGUACCAGCUGUUAAAGAUGUACCAGCGCCGGAGGAGGAACGGCGGCUCGGUGAUCUCGAUGUCGAGAUCCAACAAUGACAGCAGACCCAUGUCCAUGGCCGAGGAGGUGGAGCAUCUCAUCCUGCUGGUCUUCAUGACCAUCAUCUUCAUCAUCUGCACGCUGCCCCUAGUGAUCCGGGUGUACAUCAACACUGGUAAUCCUAAGGAGUCUCACCCCUUGGACCUGAUCGCCCUCCGCUUCAUCUCCGUCAACUCCAUCAUUGACCCCUGGGUCUUCAUCCUCCUCUCCCCCAGCGUGCUGCACUUUUGCUGGGACUCUAUCUGCCGGGCCUCCCUAGGACUCUCCAGGGGUUAAAGAGAGUACCGCUAACAUCACGCUGCCUCAGCCCUCACAGGACAACACUGACCAUUUUCAGUCUGGGGCCAUAGCCUGACAUGACAUGACAUUAUAAUUUGAUAUUUAUAUUUAUUGGACACGUGAUUUGUUGGUGUGUUUUCCUCUGUGAUCACAUAAAGUGGAGAAGUUUCACGGGGCUGCAACAUCUCUUCCCCUGUGGGUGGUUCAUUUGUGGGUGUUGCCUUGAGAUAACAGCCCUUUCUAACUGAUAACCACGUCCAACCAGUUUUAUCAAAUGGUGGCCACUUGUUGCCAUUUACUAGGCGUUUCCAUCCACUUCUAGCAUUUCAUUGCCUACUGACUUCUCUACAUAUCUAUAUAGAUAUAUAGAUAUAUCUAUAUAUAUAUUUAAAGUAUAAAAGCUCAACGUUUUGCCUCUUUUGCUGCUUGUAUUUUAUGUCGGAGAAUCAGUUAAAUGAAAAAGGCUGCUGAUGGGAAAAACAACAACAAACUGCAAGUGCAUUUGUCUACGAUGCAUUAAGACUGAACUGUUUGGAUGGAGAGUCUUGAGCAAGGACAUGUGACAGUGGGGAGGGGGGGGUUCUUCCAUCACCGUGUACAGAGAGAGCGAUUCGCCUUCGAUCCAGGACAAAGGAAGGAAGAGUUACCGACGACAUAAAGCCUUGCUCGCACACGCCUCCUCUGAUUCAACCAGUCACGCCGAGUCAGACAUCACGUUCGGAGCGGGAUCCGUUUUCACCUGCCAUUAAUAUGUAGCUGUACAGAACAAAGCACGGGAUCCAUAUAACAUCACGUGAACAGACACAGAGAUAAAUGUAUGAAUGACAAGAUCAGAUGGGACCAUGAUGCUCAUGUAAGAAGAUAAAAAAAUGUUGGGCGCCACAUUUAUUGUCAAAUUUAAGGUCAGAGAUUCUGAGAACAAAUAAUGCAGCAUAUCUACAUAUAAACCAGACAUGUGACAUGCAGAUAUAGAUACUGUAUCUGAAGCAUGCCUUUGUCCUCUGAAUACUUCAGUGAUCAUGGGUCAUCAUCCUGAGAACAUUAUCUCAUCACCUUUGGAGCUUCUUAACCUCUGGUCCGCUUUGGUAACCCCUCCCCCCUCACAUUCAUACCAGACCCCUGCUGGAAAAGUCAAAGGGCAAGAAGCCCCUUAGAGACGUUUGGUCCGUACUUCACUCAGGGAGUGGGCGGGAAAGAGCGACGGCAGUGACAUUAUUUCAUUUCUCUGUACAUGCAGCAUAUAUUAUAAUAUUUUAUAAAAAAAAAUAUAUAUAUAUAAAAAAAAAAGGUUGUUGAUAUGAGACUGUAGUUACCCUUUGACUUGAAACCUCUGCUUCGUGUAUUGUUAAGUAACAGCAGGUAAAUAUUCUCAUAUAAUCUUGCUCUACACGUAAUGCUUGUGACCUACUAAACGAAUGAUCGCACACAAGUUAAGCAAAUGAUGGGACUUUCUUUAAAUGACAAAAUAACACACUUCACCAUACUGUUAGAGGCCCCGUCAUUAAAACCACUAGUUUUCAGAAAAUGCUGUUAAAAACAAAAGUCUCAAUCAUUUAAUAAGCUAACAAUUUUAUUUUGAAAAUGAUUUAUUUAUAGGGUAUAAAAUGUAAAAGUAUCAAGCCUCUAAGUUUUUAGGAACACCUAACUAAAACUACUGCAGUCUGACACAACAGCCCUGCAGUAAAACUUUAAUAUUUGGUGUGACGUCACUGAUAUAAGUGGAUAAAAUAACAGAAACACCUGUCAGUAUUAUGCAAAACAAUUAAACAGCAGCACAAACUGCAGCCUCCGAAAUGAAGAAAAAGUUAAAUCAACACGUCUGUGAAACACUUUUGAGCAGAAACUGAACAUUAUAACCUUCAUGCAGGAGGAUUUACUGCACUUCUGUUGUAAUAGGCUGCAUUAGUUUUAGCUAUGUGAUCCUUAAUCACAUGCCAACUGAGCGUAUAUCAUCUGUUACUCUUUAAAGAAAAGAAAAAAAGCAUUAUUGUUUGUUUUCAAUUUGUGGACAGAUUUCUGAGCAACUUAAUGAUGUUUCUUCCUGUAUCUUGCUUUAUUUCCUCUUGGGAGGUUUUUUCAUUCAGUCACGUUGCCUGUAAACCCUUGAUUUUUUUUUUUUUUUUUUACCCAUUGACUUUUAAACUGCAGUGCCAUUUGAACUGCAUUAGUUUUACAAGGGAACAUUUUGAAUCAUUUUUUAUCCGACGUGCAUAUUUCCAGGGAACCGAUCUGACGGCACAUAUGAUGUUUCUUUAAUUUCCUCCUGGUGAUUCCAGUCAUCUUCUAACUAAUGCAAGCCCACUGAUAAUGGUUCAUCAUUCUCCCCUGACUAGUAGAAGGUUACACCGGGUUAAAUUGCGUAAAACCACAGGGAAUUAUUACAGCAUCCUUAUAGAAAGAAUCACAACCAAACUGAGCUCCAGUGUCUGGCAAGAAAAUAAGCUACUACAGAUUUUUGCAGGAUCUCCGGUCGUAAAUCUCUCUCGAAAAAGAAAGAAAAACACUCGGGUUACGCAACAGCAGGGGUCCAGUUCAAAUUGAAUGAGUGGUGUGUAACAUCAGUGUGUAUAAUGUGAGAAAAAAAACAAAAACAAACUACAAUUCUCAUAUGACUGUCAUUUUAGAGGGUGUGAGAAUUGUGUGAGCAUCAGGUAAACUUUGUGGCUGUGAGCAUUAGUGUUUGUGGUGUGUGUGUGUGUGUGUGUGUGUGUGUGUGUCUGAGAGAGGGUGUGGGAGAGUGCUGAAGAUAUUGUUUAGCUAUUGUGUUGUGAGAACAGCGGUUUAUUGCCGUCCUCGAUCUGUUGUUGGUUCUGAGCUCAGCAUCAAAAUGUUCAGUGUUUACCAUGGGUAUACUGCUUCCUGUGGAUGUUGUGUGUGACUUUUGCUUCUGUGUGUGUGUGUGUCAGUGCUUUUUCCUGUUGCGUCUUUUUGAAAAUAUGGAAGUUCCCACUUAUAUGCUUGUCUGUUCAUGUGCCUAUAAUAUGUGUGUGUGUGUGUGUGUGUGUGUGUGUGAGAGAGACAGACAGCGCUGAAAUGUAAUGAUGUCAAACCAGAAUGCUACCUACCUGGACGUCUUGUACUCGUCUUGUGAUUAUAAAGUACUGUAGAUGAAACUGAAUGCACUGAGGAUACAAGUGUGUGUAUGUGUGUUUUAUGGCUUGUGUAAAUAAACAUCUCAUCCACUAAA